CAGCCCAGCCGAGGAGGGCGCGCCGCGCCCCCGCCCCCCGCCGCCCGCCCGCCCGCCCGCUCGCUCGCUCUCCCGCUCUCCCGAGGCCGUGGGUGCGGAUGCGCCGCUGACGACUCGAGCGCCCAGCACCGCCGCCACCGCCCGCAGCAUGGCAGCCACCGCCUAUGUGGACCACUUCGCCGCCGAGUGCCUCGUGUCUAUGUCCAGCCGCGCGGUCGUGCACGGGCCGCGGGAGGGGCCGGAGCCCCGGUCCGAGGGCGCGGCCGCCGCCGCCGCCCCCGCGCUGCCCCGGGCCGAGGAACGGCGAGAUGGCAAGGACAGCGCCUCGCUCUUCGUGGUGGCCCGGAUCCUAGCGGACCUCAACCAGCAGGCGCCCGCGCCCGCCCCGGCGGCGGAGCGCCGAGAAGGUGCUGCCGCCCGGAAGGCGAGGACCCCCUGCCGCCUGCCGCCCGCGCCCCCGCCCGCCCCCGAGCGCGGCGCACCCGGCGGGGAAGGCGCGGCGGCCGCGCCCCCCAGCCCCGUAUGGAGCGAGCCCGAGGCCGGGCUGGAGCCCGAGAGGGACCCGGGACCUGCGGGCAGCGGCGAGCCCAGCCUCAGACAAAGGGGCCGGCGGGGCCGAAGUCGCGCCGACCUGGAGUCCCCGCAGCGGAAGCACAAGUGUCACUAUGCGGGCUGCGAGAAAGUUUACGGGAAAUCCUCGCACCUCAAGGCGCACCUGAGAACUCACACAGGUGAGCGGCCCUUCGCCUGCAGCUGGCAGGAGUGUAACAAGAAGUUCGCGCGCUCCGACGAGCUGGCGCGGCACUACCGCACGCACACGGGCGAGAAGAAGUUCAGCUGCCCGAUCUGCGAGAAGCGCUUCAUGCGCAGCGACCACCUGACGAAGCACGCGCGGCGCCACGCCAACUUCCACCCGGGCAUGCUGCAGCGGCGCAGCGGGGGCUCGCGGACCGGCUCGCUCAGCGACUACAGCCGCUCCGACGCCAGCAGCCCGGCCGUCAGCCCGGCCAGCUCGCCCUGAGUGCGGCCGCAGCGCCCGGGACCCGGGACCCGGGACCCCGCCGACCACAGCCAUGAGCAGCCGCUCUCCUCCUCCUCCUCUUCCUCCUCGCGUCAGGCCCUGCCCCUUCCUUUUGUACUAAGAAAGCAGAGUGCGAACUUGAUGAAAAGUCCAUGAAAAACACUUUUCUUCACCUCAGGUGUCAAUGUCAGUUUGUAAAAAAAAAAAUUCUUUUUUCCAAAAAAAAAAAAAAAAACAACCCAACACCCCACCAUCCACAAAUUGCACAAAUCGUGACAGCCACGAAGUUGAAAUUGAGUGGUGUUGACCCCGUACUCAGGGAUGGACAAGUUCCACGAGGUCAGCGGGGCGUCCCUUCCUGCGCCUUACUCUGUACAUAGAUUUGCACUCUGGAGUUUUCCACCGCGUUUGGGAACACAGGGACAGAGCAGGUGACUCGUGUCCUGUCCUGGGUCGGUCGUUGGCCUCAGACGUGGUCACUGAUGCAAGUGGCAAGGCCCGAUCCCCUUCCUGCCCACCUCCAGGCCUCUAACCUAGCCCGGGGCCCGGCUCAGGACGCGCAGGGGCCCGAGGGACAGACCACCUCGGAGGGAUGCCUUAACCCGGACUCCACCUGGAGGGCUGCGGAGAGAGGCCCCUGCCUUGCCUGCUGGUCUUGCCGUCUCCCCACCCUCCAAGGCCUCUCCCCAGGCCACAGGCAACUGGAAGCAGAGACCAUCGCACCCGAAGGCCUCCAGGAGACGGGCUCCCCUCACCUUUGUUCCGUGCUUUCCCGGGAAAGUGAGAGCUGGGAAUGCCGGUGUUGGGUGUUGGUGUGUCUUCGCUGACCUCUCCAUCCACGGUGGCUGGGGAGGUCCCUCUGUACAGCCGGUGAUGCCCCACGUCAGUCAGUCAGUCAGCGCUGCUCGGAGGCUGCCCGAGGGCAGCAGAGCGGAAGCUGGACUGUCCUUUUUCAGCAGCGAUGCAGCGUGUCACAGGUCUCUGUGGAGAGUGUGCCAUCCGUUUUCUCUCCGAGGACUCCAGCCGGAAAGCCGAGGAGAAUGCCUCUCUCAGACCCUCCAUGUCCCCAGUGCAGACGCCUGCAUCGCUUCUCCCUGUCUCAGACUUCUGCCCGCCCCCCAGCACCUCUCCAUAGUAGAGAAGCGGAGAGCUGAGGCCUGUGGCCUGCAGUCCCAGCCGGGGCUGGCUAAGGACCCUGGGCCAGGGCAGUGAGGCCAUGCUCCACAGAGCUCCCGGGACCCCUGGAGGGUCCAUCCCAGCUCCCCAUGGCUCAGGCGCUGCCUUCCAUUGCUCUGAAGAGUUAAGGCCUGCACACACAAGGCCGCAGAGUGUGUGUGUGUGUUUGUGUGUGUGUGUGUGUGUACACGCAAGUGUUAUAAGGAAGGACUGGGUGUCUUGCAGAGACCUCAUCUCGAUGAGGAGGAACGACCCUUGGGACUCGGAGGGCCGUGCACCGGCUCCCGGGUCCGGAGUGCCUUGGCUGUAGCCUUCCACUUCGGCCCCAUCGCUCACACUGUGUGUGGUGCUGCACAGAAAGCCUGGGACCCCACCCAGCCUGGGCAUCUGUGUGCAGCGGCUUUGCGGUUGGCACCGUCCAUCUGUGGCGCUCCAGGUGCCCACUGUGGCUCCACUGCGUGUCGGGUGGGAGUGGCUGGUGGCGUGCGUGGCUUCUGCGUUGUGGAGUGGUGGGUACCCAGUUAGGCUGUGGCUUGAUUAUGCUGUGGGUGGGGUUUGGGGGUGGGAUUGUGUGGUUGGGCACAGGGCUGGCCGUCCUGGUGCUGUGGGGCCCUGCGGCCGCCCAGCUCACAUGCAUUUAGUCUGGGAGAGCGAAUGGAGUAUAUGGUAGGGACCUUGAAUGAAGAGAGCCCUGGGUGCUUGGGGUGUGACGGUCUUCACCUUCACGCCCAGUUCCAAAGUGAGGUCCCUCCCAAUGUCGUUUCUGUGUGAAGCAGAGAAAGCCACGCUCUGACACAUUUCACGUCUCAGGAAUUUACAUUCCAGGUUCAGGAAUUUUAUUCCAAAGUCCUUUGGUGCACCCACAUCUAUGCUUCUGAGGGCAGGAGAGGGAGCCGUGUCCUCCAGAGGCCACAGAGCGUUCCGCACGGGCCCAGUCUCCUGUGAUCUGCCCGCAGCAUCCCAGAAGGAGGCUUCAAACUCUGCAUUGUCUCCGCAUGGGAAGGGGGAAAGGACUCUAAACCCGUCACCUUGGAAUAAAAGAAAGAGCUGGUUUGUCUUAGAGUGGGAUGGGGGGUGGGGGAGGGCGAGUGGGCGUAGGCUGUUUCCAAAGAAAGCACUUAAUUUAACUUUGCUCUCAGCGACCCAGGGCGGUUCCGUCGGACAGAUGGAAGGGUAACGUUGCCUUAACACAGAAUAUGCAGGCUCAGGCUGUGUUGGCAGACUGUGUCUUCACGCCCAGAGCGGCUCUCCUCAAUGGCAGGGUGUAGUCCUCCAGUCUCGGUCUGGCCUGGGACACGGGGACAUGGUACCUGGAGGGAGUCCCCCAGGCACCUGGCUGGACCCCUGGGAAUCAUCUGGGUUUUAAUUCAUCUCAUCAUGGGGUGGGGGUGGGGGAACCAGCGAAUCUCAGGCUCGUGCGGAAGGGUUCUCAGAGCAGGUUUCCAUCUCAUCAUGAAGGGAGGGCUGCCUUCUGAGGUGGGGUGUCUUCCCAGCCUGGGUCUGCUGCUGGGGCUUCCGUGUUUGUGAUUUGUAGUCAGGCUUGCGGGUUUCAGUUUCAGGUGGAAGUGGGAUUAAGGAACCCCUGGGGCUCCUGGAAAUCAGUGACAAGUCAAACCUGCAUUUGGGGGUAGACUUUAAUUUUAGCGGGGCAGGGAAGCAGAAAUCUCACAAUGAAGGGUGCCUAGAUGGAGAGAGAGAGCCACUGCAAAAGGGUUAAGAGUGGUUCUGGACCAGCCAUCAGGGAGCUCUGUCCCAGACAGCAAGACCCCUCUCACUGUCAGCCAUAUGGGGGAACAGUGGUCAGCUCCCCAAAUGCCUCCUGAGUCCUGCAGCCAUACAGAAACGGAGAGGGCACUGAGGUCCUCUCUGAUGGGUGCUAUGUAGUGAUGGGCAGGGAUGCCCUCGGUGGGAGUGUGAUGCUGGAGGUGCCCUAAUGGCACCCCACUGUACCUCCCAUCCAUGACACUUGAGGCACAAGAUCCCCAUCCCAGCCUCCAAGUCAUUGUGAGGCACUGCACUGGGGCAGGCUGCCAAGGUGCAGCCUCCAGGUGUGAGCAUCUACACACCGGUGACCCCAGACCUCACUGUGACUUGGGCGAUGGCUCAUGCCAGUGAGGAUGGGUCAGAGUGGAGAUGGGCAGAGAGGGCUGGCAGCUGACCCCCAAGGGAGGUGUGGCAGAGCCACUGUCUCCAUGAAGACUUCCUGGUCCCAGCCCAGAGUGUCCCGAAGACCCAGCCUCUUUCUUGCCAGAAGCAGGUGCUAGGAUGGCGUGUGCAGGGUCAUCACACCUCUGGGGCUUCCCCUGGGGCCUCCACUGGGCAGGGUGCCCUCACGGGGCAGACAAGAGCUGGGCGACAGUGUGGCCUCGCUCCUCAGCGCCUGGCUGUGGCUUUGUUUACAAGGCAAGCUGAUUAUUUUAACUUCCGACAGGUGUCACUGAAGUUUUUUAACCCGUUUUUAAAAGGUCAUGUAGUCCAAGGCACAGUGCUGGAAGGUUUUAAGGAAUGAAGUGUUGGUCACAUCGUGAUCAGUAAGAAAUGCUUUGCAGGUCACCUACAUCUUUUGCUGCCCAAUUUUUCCACGUGUGAUUCUUGGUGACCCUUAUUCUUCCCAAGCUAAAAAUCCAGAUGUGGGCUGAUGGGUUUUUGAAUCUGGAUGGCCCAGAAGGUCCAGGUCCUCUGACUGACUUUCCUGAUUCGGAAGCUUUCCAGGGUUUGUCCUGGCCACAUUCCAGAGAACUUUGGACCAGAAUUGGGAUGCACAAUCCAGCUUACUACUGAGUAACGCCUGAGCACCGCUGAGGGAGUGGCCAGCCCGGCCCUCGCCACUCGGAAGAGUAGACUUGGUGUUCCCGGUCACCACAGGGGAGGGAGGCCACCCUUGGUUUCUGCUGACCCCUACGGAGCUGCCGGACUUGCAGCGCAGCCCCCUGGUCCUCCCCAACCUUUUCUGUUCUCGUACAGCUUUAAAAUUCACUUCUUUUAUUUAGAAACAAAGAGGAUGGGAGAGAGCCUCCUCUUUCGUGAGGUGUGCUCCCGGACACAGCUCCUGGGGCUCUGGAGCCCUGGCCUCCCUGAUGUCUUCCUCAGGGACCUGUUGAUAGGCUGCUGUGCACACGCCUUUGGAAGCCUAGUGCAUGAGCUGAGUGUCUCUGAGAAGUCCAUCCCGGAGAGCCCACAGCCUGGACUUGGAGGAUUCCUCCCUGCGGUUGCCAGACAUCCGCAAAGGAGAAGGAGGCUGCUUCCCACUGUGGCUCAGACCCACAGGGUAUCUUGACCGUGGGGCCUGUUCCUGCCUGCUUCUGGGUCUGAGACUUACCCAGCCUGCGGGUACACAGUGCUGGGGACCUCAUCCCGAUCAGGGCUUGCUGCAGCUCUGGGGCUUUGCAGUCGUAGUUGGAUUGGUUACACCCAGGCAACCCCUUCUGGAACAUCCAGAGCCGUCGGUGGGGCUUAUCUGGAAUCCUUUGCCAAAAUCCCAAGGCAGAAUCCAAGGGUCCAAGACCCUUUCCAUCAAGUUCACAUUUUCUUUCUCUGUAAGACUUGUUUCUUUUUAACCAGCUCCCCACCAUGCUUCCAAAGGCCACCUUUCAUUUUUCCUGGAUCACUACAGUGAAGUAUUACAGUUGUACAGCUCCCAAUCUGGCCUUGGCUUGCUGAAAGAAAACUUUGUAUGUAUUUUGUAAGGCAUAGAUUCUAUAUUGUAAUGAUGUCCUAUGCAAAAAGAAAAAAAAUUAAUGAAAUUGUAAAUUUUAUUGUUUUAACAUGUAUGCAUGUUUAGUGACGUUUACAUUUUGAAAUAAAGUUUAUGAUUCAUUAUUUUA